AUGCUCAUAGGAUGCAUAUUUUUAGCAUCAUUAUGUUUUAGCGUUUUCGUCGAAGCCAUACAAACACUCGUCCAUAUUGAAGAUCAGGAUGAAAUGCAUUUUCCAUUGGUUAUAUUAAUGGUUGGCGCCGUCGGUUUAUUACUUAACGGUUUUUGUUAUUUUUUAAUAGGAGGAUAUACUUUUCAUCAAGGUAGUUAUUUACACGUGACCGAAAACGGUGAAGUUAUCCUUGAAAGAUCAGUGACAAUUGAUUCGUUAAGUAAAGGUCAAAGGCGAUUAUCUUCACAGUCAAGAAAAACUCCGACACCUCCUCCAUCUUAUACUCCAUCAAAACGUCAAGGGAGUAAAGAAAUGAUAAGAGAUAUCAUCGGUUGUAUUUUUGUCAUUAUUUGCGGUUUGGUUGUUUAUUUAACAUCCGGUCAUGAAUUUACAAAAUUUUUAGAUCCAAUCAUAUCAUUGAUAUCGGCAUCGAUAUUAUUAUUAUUAAGUUACCCAUACAUGAAGGAAUCAGGUUUUAUACUUCUUCAAACAAUACCAGACGAUAUUAAUAUCGAUUCGUUACGUUAUCAACUUCUCGAAGCUUUUCCGGAUAUAAUAAACGUUCACGAUUUUCACGUUUGGCAACUCACAGCCGAUAAAGUUUUUUCCACGGCACACAUAAUUUUUGCCGAUCCCGUCGACUAUCUGCGGAAUAAUAAAGCUUUGACGAAAUAUUUCACCGAACAGGGUAUAACGCAAAUAAUUAUUCAACCCGAAUUUAUGCCGGCUCCUCAAAAAAAUAUCGAUGGUAUCGAUACCCUACGACAAAAUUUAAACAUGCCAUGUUUGAUGCAAUGCAUGACGGAAGUGUGUAGGAAAAGACAUUGUUGCGUUGAAAAAAAAUUAGAAAAAAAAAGAAACAAUUUGGAAAAUGUUAAAAAAAUUGAACAACAAACGGAUAUAACACUCGUCGUAUAA